AUGAAGUAUGAGCAUCAGAAAUCGGGUAGUCCUACACAAUGGAUGCCCAACGCAAUAGAUGCCCAUUCUCGAGUGAAAGUAGGAGCGCAUUACUAUGGAUUUUGUAACAGGGUUACUCUUGACUUUGGGCAGAAGAGUUAUGUGCAUACGCGUGUUCAUGGUGUGCCAUUUUCUAUUGGUGAGCGAGUGUUACACAAGGUGUCACCCACUAUGGGUGUGAUGAUAUUUAGGAGGAAAAAGAAGCUCAUUCCAAGGUUUAUUGGCCCCUUUGAGGUGUUAAAGAAGUAUGGGGAGGUGGCCCAUAAAUUGGCAUUUCCCCCAAACCUUUCAGGUGUUCAUCUUGUGUUUUAUGUAUCGAUGCUUAAGCGAUACCGACAUGAUGACUCUCAUGUGAUUCAGUGGGACUCGAUUGCUUUGGACCAAGACUUGUCAUUUGAGGAGGAUCCUAUUACUAUAUUGGAUAUGCAAACUAGACAGUUGAGAUCAAAGCAUAUGGAUUCAAUGAAGGUGCAGUGA